CAACAACAGACUCAAGAUUUCUGAAGGAAGCCAAAAUAGUCACCUUAUCUCCUCCAGUUUUCACCAAAACUCCUCAAACCCUGCAAAAACCUCCCCACAAUGACCAUCAAAUUCAGAAGCAACCCAGAAUAAUUUGCAACUUUUUGUUCGAGGAAAAUCCUCCCGUUAGACCUUUAGUCUGUCAUGGAGCUCCAUUCAGCCAUUAAACCUCUAUCAAAUUUACACUCACCACACAACCACACAGCUGACCUCUCGUUUUCAUCUUCAUUUUCCCCUUUCCCCAUCCAAUUACACCUCAAAACUCGCCGUAUUUCAUUCCCCGAUUACCUGAAUUCUCGUAUUUUAGCUGUUGCCACAGACUCCAAAGAACAACUCCCACCAAACAGUCCUCAAAGGCUUCUCAAAGAACUUGCAGAAAGGAAAAAAGUUGUGUCGCCAAAGAAGAAAUAUCCUCCCAAAAGAUUCAUACUCAAACCGCCAUUAGAUGACGCAAAAUUAGCCGAGAGAUUCCUGAAUAGCCCACAAUUAUCGCUCAAGUCAUUCCCUCUAUUGAGUUCUUGCUUGCCUUCUUCAAGACUUAACAAUGCCGAUAGAACCUGGAUCGAUGAGUACCUGCUUGAGGCCAAACAAGCUCUUGGUUAUCCCCUCGAGCCAUCGGAAAACUUUGGAGAUGAUAACCCGGCUAAGCAUUUCGACACUUUAUUGUACUUAGCAUUUCAGCACCCAGUUUGUGAGAGGACUAAAACUAAGCACGUGAGGUCGGGGCAUUCUAGGCUCUCGUUCUUGGGACAAUAUGUUAUUGAAUUGGCACUUUGUGAGUUUUUCUUGCAGAGGUAUCCGAGGGAAUCUCCCGGCCCUAUGCGGGAGAGAGUGUUUGCAUUAAUCGGGAAAAGAUAUCUUCCAAAGUGGAUCAAAGCUGCGAGCUUGCACAAUCUGGUUUUUCCUGCUGAUAAUAUGGAUAAGAUGAACAGAAAGGAAAAGGAGCCACCAGUAAAGUCUGUGUUUUGGGCUUUGUUUGGUGCUAUCUACCUUUGCUUUGGCAUGCCAGAGGUUUACCGUGUUCUUUUUGAAGUAUUUGGAAUGGAUCCGGAUGCAGAAGAUUGUCAGCCUAAAGAAAGGAGGCAGCUUGAAGAUGUGGACUAUGUAUCUGUAGAAUUUGGUGGAAGAAAAUUAAGUUGGCAAGAUAUGGCUGCUUAUAGGCCGCCAGAAGAUGCUCUUUUUGCACAUCCAAGACUUUUCAGGGCCUGUGUUCCACCUGGUAUGCAUCGGUUUCGCGGCAAUGUAUGGGAUUUUGAUAGUAGACCACAAGUCAUGAAAGCACUUGGAUAUCCAUUGACAGUGCCUGACAGAAUUCCUGAAAUCACAGAAGCGAGGAACAUCGAACUUGGGCUUGGUCUACAGCUUGCUUUCUUACAUCCAUCAAAAUACAAGUUCGAGCAUCCACGAUUUUGCUUUGAGAGGCUAGAAUAUCUUGGUCAAAAGAUUCAGGAUCUUGCAAUGGCCGAGAGGUUGCUCAUGAAGCAUCUGGAUGCGCCAGGAAGAUGGAUACAGGAGAGACAUAGACGACUUCUGAUGAACAAGUUCUGCGGCAAGUACUUGAGAGAAAAGUAUCUUCAUCAGUUCAUCAUUUACAGUGAGAAAGUUCAAGAUGCUUUUGAACACAAUAGAAGGCUCAGAAACCCUGCCACUGUUUCGGUUCAACAAGCCAUACAUGGGCUUUCUUAUGCUGUUUAUGGGAAGCCGGACGUGCGACGCCUUAUGUUUGAGGUUUUUGACUUCGAGCAGAUCCAACCUAAACCAGUAGUAAGAUCCUAAAUAUGGUUAGCAUUACUGAAGAUGAAAAAUGCAGCUUCAAUGUUAGUAUGUGUGUGUUGAUUUCCAAAAACGGAGUGGUGUUUAUGAGAAAAUAUCACUUGAAGAAAGAUUUUGAGGGACCAGAAAAGCAAUAUGUACAGAUUUUUUUUUUAUUUGAUGUAGAAUAGUUUGUGCAACAUUGCUACAGAUCUUACCUCCAUCUGAUUAUAAAAUUCUGAUUCGUUUAAUUUCUAAUCUUAAUUAAUCAGGCACCUAGGAUUGUAUUUUAUUUUCAUAAGAUUUGAGAAGAAUAUUUGACUUACUGAUUCUAUCGAUUUUAAAAAAUUCUAUGGAACAUUUUUGAAUAUUGAAUAUGUCAAAUUCCUUCGUUAAAAAGAAAAUUAAAGGGG